AUGGAUACUGAUCUCCUGACAUUCAUGGCAAAUGCUGGUGUCAACGAUGAAAGGGCACAGGCAAGUGCAGUUCAGCUGUCGGAGAAAGUGAAGAACAAGACUUUGAGACUAUUGGACAUCAUUGUCAGUUUGAAGGAUUAUAUUGUAUCUGAAGAUGGCGGUGAGAGGAAGAAAUCUUUGCAAUGUUUAAACGGUAUUAUCGCUCAUUUACCGAAGGAUGGUCUGUCUAAGAAUGAAAUUGCAGUUUUGUUCCAAUUCUUUCAGUCUAAAAUCGAUGAUACCGAGUUAAUGAGAGAGGUUCUUACUGCUUUAGAGCUGUUAUCCUCAUUCAACUUCUUUGUUGUUCAGCAGGCAAAAGAAACUUUGCAGACCUUGCAAGAUAAAUACGUUCCCACCAAUUUUCUUGCAGCUGUGAGAUAUGUUGCAUUCAAUAUUUUGGUAACACUUUAUGGAAGGUUUGAGGAUCAAUUGAAGGAAAACGAAUCUUUAGCACACCUUUUUAUUGCAACUUAUAUUCAUGUGGCAACAGGUGAAAAGGACCCAAGGAAUUUGCUCUCUUCGUUCAAAUUGAAUGAAACUAUAACAAAGCACCUAAGCCAAUACACAGUGAAAUAUGGCGAACAACUAUUUGAUGUUCUGUUUUGUUAUUUCCCAAUAACUUUUAAACCACCAAAAAAUGAUCCAUAUAAAAUUACUAAUGCAGACUUGAAGACUGCCUUAAGAUCAGCAAUCUCAGCCACACCUUUGUUUGCUGAGGAUGCGUUUGGCAAUUUGAUAGACAAGCUUACCGCUACUUCACCAGCUGUUAAAAAUGAUACAUUGUUGACAAUGGCGGCUUGCAUUGAAAGUUAUGGUGGUGAGAAUUGCUUGAAGCAUUGGUUGCCCCUAUGGAACGGCUUAAAGUUUGAGAUUAUGCAAAACAAUGAUGAUGGUGAUGAUACAAUGUUGGAUCCAGUCUCUAAUUUAUCAAUCAAAGGUGAAAUAAAAUCAAAUUAUAGAGCUGCGUUGGAUGUUUUAAAAGCUUUAGGUGUAGUUCUAGAACAGUUUGAUCAAAAGGCCUUCCAAAAAUACUUUGACCAUAUUUUGGAUGAAUUGAAAAAUAAUUUCAAGUAUCAAAAGGACUUGAAACAAAGUUGUAAUAUCCUGGCUUCGAUCGCAAGCGGUAAUGAGUACAAUUUUAACUAUGCUAUUGCUGGAUCAUUCCCAUUAUUUGUUGAAAGCUCUUCUGAAACAACAAAACUGAAAUAUCUUUUAAUGAAUUUAUCCUUUUUCUUCAAUGCAUAUAUGGAAGUUUAUGGUGUUCUCUCGAAAGAAUCUUUGAAUUCUGAAAUAUGUCAAAAUAAAAUGCAAGAAUACAAAGAUGAGCUACUCAUGAUAAUAGGUAUGGCAUUGACCAGUAGUUCAAAAUUGGAGGUGACUGUUAGAACUCUGUCUGUAAUUAAAUUUACACAAAUGGCUAAAAUGAAAGGUUUUUUGAAGAGGGAGGAGAUAUCCUUAAUUGUGCAGUAUAUAACAGACACUAUAUUGACUGACUCGAAUAAGAACAUUUAUUAUGCAUGCUUAGAAGGUUUAAAGUCGAUAAGCGAACUUUAUGAGGAUAUUGUUUAUGAAGUUGCUUUGACAAGGAUGUUAAAUUUAUUGCCGGAGGCUUUAGAUGAAGCUUCUAUUGCCCAUGAUGAAACAUUGAUUUUGGCAGAAACAUUAUUGAAAAUUAUACUUGAUUUUACUACCUCUAGACAUAUACUAGUGAAGGAGAGUAUUUUGUCUUUGACAAAAAAGCUGUGUAAAACAUCUGCUAGUAUAGCAAGAAGAUCUUCUGAUUACUGUUUCCUGAUUCUCUCUACCAUUUAUUCACUAUAUGACAACAACUAUUUUUUACUUAAGGAAGGCGAUGGUGCACUUCUAAAACAUGAAAUAGAAAAUGAUUUGUACGCAGUGUUAGCUGACGGUGUUAAUGUAAAGGAUGAUGACUUGAAUCUGUCCUUGAUAUCAAAUAUUUUCUAUUUUAUGCAUCUCUGUAAUGGGACAACUGGUGCUGCAACUGAAGUUGAGAAGGCUAGCCAGUAUUUUAUAGAGCAGCAUUCAAUCACUAAACAGCCUAACAGGUUGUCUAUGACAUAUUCAAAAAUUAUUCAAGCACUAACCAAGGAAAUUCAGUUCCCUCAAGCUGAUCAAAUAUUAUCUGAAGUAAAAAGUUUACUGAGUGGUUUUGAUUCCACCAUGACUGAGUUUGAAAAGCUUGGAUACUUUGAAAUAUUAUUAGCACUCAGUAAUAAAUGGUUAGACGAUGAUUAUAUUCUGUCGAUUUUGAACUGGGAAGACAGAAGCUAUUGUAACUUGGAGGUGAUGAUCUGGUUAUCAAAGGGUCUGAUUGCAAAAAACUCAAAGUACUCUGACGAUAUAUUACAAAAUUUUAUUGCCAUGCUAAGUGAUCAUGUCAUUGGUACAAAGGUCUCGAAGUUGUUUGAGGUCUUCGUAAUUGAUUUUACGUCAUUUAAGAAAUAUAAGGGUAUUGCCUGGAAUAAUAACAUCAAAUUGUUGUACAAGCAAAGAACAUUUAGUGGUAUAUUUUUGAAGUUAGUGUCUCUAUAUCAAACCUCAAACAAUAUGGAUAUUAAAUGUAACUACUUAACUGCGCUGUCUCUGAUUUUGAAGCAUACACCAUCCGAAUUAGUGAGCCCUUUUAUGAAAGACCUUCUGCCAAUGCUUUUACAAGCAUUAGACAUGCCAAACUCGGAGGUGAGAUUGUCUGCUCUAGAAACAUUGAAGGACAGUACUGAACAACAUCAUCAGUUAGUUGCGGAACAUAUUCAGAGUCUUGUUCCAUCUUUAUUAAGCCUAGUGAAGGUCGAUGAAUAUAACACAGUCAUGAUCAGGCUUUCAGCAUUACAAUUGUUACAAUUACUGACAGAACAUCUACCAAUAAAUUACUGCCUGAAUUACAAGCAAGAUAUCAUAAAUGGGCUGUUGGAACCACUUUCUGAUAAAAAACGUGUAGUGCGUAAGCAGUGUAUAGAUACUAGACAAGCAUAUUUUGAGUUAGGCCAAGUACCUUUUGAAUAA